UCCCGGAGCUUGGUGGACGCCGUUGAUUUCUGCGUUUUCCUGGGCUGCAGCCGGCGGGAUGGCGGAGGAGGCAGCGGUGGCGGUGUGCGUGCGGGUGCGGCCGCUCAACAGCAGAGAAGAAGAACUUGGAGAGGAUGCCCAUGUUUACUGGAAAACUGAAAGUAAUACUAUUUACCAGAGUGAUGGGGGGAAAUCCUUCAAUUUUGAUCGUGUCUUUCAUAGUAAUGAAUCCACUAAAAAUGUGUACGAAGAAAUCGCCGUACCGAUCAUCAAUUCUGCCAUACAGGGCUACAACGGUACCAUAUUUGCCUAUGGGCAAACUGCAUCAGGAAAAACGCAUACUAUGAUGGGCUCUGAGGACUGUGUGGGAGUUAUACCCAGGGCAAUCCAUGACAUUUUCCAAAGGAUUAAGAAGUUUCCUGAGAGAGAAUUUCUCUUACGGGUGUCUUACAUGGAGAUCUACAAUGAAACUAUUACAGACUUACUCUGUAGUGCCCAAAAAAUGAAACCUUUGAUAAUUCGGGAAGACAUCAACAGAAAUGUAUAUGUUGCUGAUCUUACAGAAGAAGUGGUUUAUACAGCAGAAAUGGCUUUGAAAUGGAUCACAACAGGAGAAAAGAACAGACAUUAUGGAGUAACCAAAAUGAAUCAAAGAAGCAGUCGCUCCCAUACGAUUUUUAGGAUGAUUUUGGAAAGCAGAGAAAAAGGUGAAUCUUCUAACUGUGACGGGUCUAUCAAAGUGUCACACCUGAAUUUGGUUGAUCUUGCGGGCAGUGAAAGAGCUGCUCAAACAGGAGCUGAAGGUGUGCGACUCAAAGAAGGCUGUAAUAUAAACCGGAGUUUAUUUAUUUUGGGACAAGUGAUUAAGAAACUUAGUGAUGAACAAGUUGGUGGUUUCAUAAAUUACCGAGAUAGCAAACUGACACGAAUUCUUCAGAAUUCCUUGGGAGGAAAUGCAAAAACCCGCAUCAUCUGCACAAUUACUCCAGCAUCGUUCGAUGAAACCCUAACAACUCUCCAGUUUGCCAGCACUGCUAAAUAUAUGAAGAAUACUCCUUAUGUUAAUGAGGUGUCAAAUGAUGAAGCUCUCUUGAAAAGGUACAGAAAGGAAAUAGUGGAUCUCAAAAAACAACUGGAGGAGGUAAAUACAAAGACUCGGGCACAGGAAAUGGAGAAAGAUCAGCUGGCCCAGCUUCUGGAUGAAAAAGACUUGCUCCAGAAAGUACAGGAUGAGAAAAUCCAGAACCUGAAGCGGAUGCUGGUGACGUCGUCUUCUAUUGCAUUGCAGCAGGAGCUAAAGAUUAAAAAGAAACGAAGAGUUACUUGGUGCUAUGGCAAAAGUAGCAAAAUGAAGGAGUCAAACUAUGUAAAUGAAUUUAAAGUCCCACUAAAUGUAACUACAAGGACACAUAAAACUUCUGUGACUUUUUUGCAAGAAAAUUCUCUGAGAUUGGGAGAGAAUGAUGAAUCACUCUCUGUUGAGUCUGAUAUGUUCAGUAACAGUCUUGAAUCAUUGGCUGAGGUAGAGUGGAAUUCAGCAACAAAGAUGCUAAGCGAGGAAAACUUAGAAAGUGAAUUGACCUCAAUUCAUGCUCAGUACGAUGAUCUAGUAUUGGACUACGAGCAGCUAAGAAAAGAAAAUGAAGAACUGAAAUUGAAAUUAAAAGAAAAAAAUGACUUAGAGGAAUUUGAGGCUCUCGAAAGAAAAGCAGAGAAAGAUCAGGAGAUGCAGCUAAUUCAUGAAAUUUCCAACUUAAAGAAUUUAGUUAAGCAUGCAGAAGUAUAUAAUCAAGAUCUUGAGAAUGAAUUAAGUUCAAAAGUAGAACUUCUUAAACAAAAAGAGGAUCAGAUUAAGGACCUGCAGAAAUACAUAGAUGCCCAGAAGUCAGAAAAGAUGAAAAUAGACCUGUCAUACUCAUCGGAACCCACUGAAGACCUGAAGCAGAUGAUGCAGACGCUGUCUGAUAUGGACACUGUGGCCCUUGACGCCAAGAAAGAGUCGGCCUUCCUUAGGAGUGAGAACCUGACGCUGAAGGAGAAAGUUAAUGAACUUUCAGAUUCUUGUAAGCAAAUGGAAAAUGACAUUCAGGCCUAUCAACGCCAGCUUGAAGCAAAAAAGAAAAUGCAAGAUGAUCUAGAUAAGGAAUUACAGUUUGCUUUUCAGGAAAUAUCAAAACUCACUGCCCUGGUAGAUGGCAAAGGUUUACUGUCAAAUUUGGAGCUGGAGAACAGGAUUACUGAUCUCCAACGAGAACUGAAUAAAGAAGUUGAAGAAAAAGAAACUUUGCAAAAAGAAGUUCACUUGCUAUCAGAGUUGAAGUCUUUACCCUCUGAGGUAGAAAUGCUGAGGAAAGAGCUGCAUGAGAAAUCUGAAGAGCUCUGUUUAAGAACCUCAGAAAGGGAAAACUUGUUUUCUGAAGUAGCUCAUAAGGACAGUAGAAUUCAAGCUUUACUUGAAGAAAUUGGAAGGACUAAAGAAGACCUUCCAGCUUCCCAGCUGAACUGCAAAAGCAGAGAGGAAGCAUACCAAACACUGGAAGCCCUUCACGUGGAACUCGAGCAGAAAUAUGAAGUGGUUCUGGAAGACAAUGAGAGGAUGAAACAGGAAAUAGGAAAUCUCUCUAAAGAAGCAGAAAACCUUGGUUCAAGUUUGGAUUCCUUGAAGGCUGAGCUUUCCCACAAGACUCAAGAGCUCCAGCAGAAAACAAACGAGAGUCAAGAGAGGUCAGAUAAAAUGGACGAGCUGAGAACGCAGUUAGAACACAGAGAGUCCAGCCUGCAGUCUGCAGAGAAGGAGAGAGCACUGCUCACUGAGAGGCUUCAGCAAACCUUGGAAGAAGUAAGAGUCUUAACCCAAGAAAAGGAAGACCUAAAACAACUCCAAACAAGCCUGCAGAUGGAGAGGGACCAACUGAAAAGUGACAUUCAGGACACUGUAAACAUGAACGUAGAGACUCAAGAACAGUUACUAAAUGCUCUUGAGUCUUUGAAGCAACACCAAGAAACAAUUAACGUGCUGAAAAUGAAAGCUGCUGAGGAGAUGUCCAAGAAUUUGCAUAUGGAGGACAGUGGAGGAAGUAGAGACGAAGUUGAGCAGGAGGUGGAUGGCAUAGAUGAAGAGCAGAAUCUACUGGCUGCAAAUGCCCAAACAUCGGUUUCAGGCGGUAGCGAUAAUGGGGUAACAGAUGAACAGAGGAAAAUACAUUCUUUAAUGCAGGAGAAUAGUGGACUCCAACAAACACUGGAAAGUCUUAUUGCAGAAAAGGAGCAAUUGAAGAUGGACCUGAAGGAAAAUAUCGAAAUGACUAUUGAAAACCAGGAGGAAUUAAGAAUUCUUAGAGAUGAACUCCAAAGGCAACAAGAGAUAGCUGCACGGGAAAAAGACGAAGCCUCCAAGAAGAGCGACGAGCUCUCCAGGGCGCGUGAGAGAUUGGCAGAGGUAGAAGAGGAGUUAGAGGAAAAGAACCAGAAACUCCAAGAAAGGCAGCACCUCCUUCUCAGUGCAGAGGAAGACCUGAGUAAGAUGCGGGAAAGGAUGACUGAAAUGGAGAGCCUAAAGGAUCAACUCAGGAGCCAAGGACUGGCGUUGGAGGGCAUGGAAGCAGAGAGACUUGAGUUGUCUCAGAAACUUGAAGAAAAUUGUGAGAAGUUGAAAUCUCUAACCAAAGAAAGAAAUGAUCUAAAGGAAUUGCAGGAAUCAUUUGAAAGAGAAAGAAGACAGCUUGCAGAAUAUGCAAGAGAAAUCAAAGCUACGGGCCUACAAACAGAAGGACUAAGCAUUGCUCACACACAUCUGAAAGAACACCAAGAAAUCACUGACGAGCUAAGAAGCAUUUCUGAGAAAGAAGCUCAGGUAGUAAGCACUCAGGACACAGAAAAAUUCAAUACCGAAUCGCAAGAAAAGGUCCCAGAGCUUCGAGAACAAGAGCUCCUUCCUGUUUUGGACGAAGUCAAGGAGAUUCCAGGAAAAGUGGAUGAACUGGAGCCAUUGGAAGAACACUGCAGAACAGUGGAUUCAGAGCCACCAGAAAGCAUAGAGAGGCUUGGGCUGACUGAGAAGCUUCAAGAAAGUCAGAAAGAGAUCACAUGUCUCGCUGAAGAGAGGGACGACUUGAAAAUGAAGCUAGAAACACUUCAUGUUGAAUGUGCCCAGCUGAAAGAAGAUGCCAGAAAAACUUUGGCUAAACAUCUAGAAACUGAAGAAGAACUUAACGUUGCUCGUUGUUGCCUGAAAGAGCAAGAGAAAAAUAUUGACGCACUAAGAGCGAGCCUCUCCCAGAAGGAAACCGAGCUGUCAAGUGUUCAUGCACAACUAGAGUCGGCCACUGAUGAACUAGAGAGAAAGGUUCAAGAACUCUGUGAGAAGCAGGAACAACUUAAUAUAAAAGAAGCUAAUGAGGCACAAGGGAAGAUGGAUGAACUAGACCAAGUCAAGGCGCUUCUCCUAGCCAAGGACUCGACACUGCAGAGGCUGGAGAGUGACAGGCUCCAGCUGACUAAGGAGCUAGAAGGAAGUCAGGAGGAAGUGAGGCUUCUAACUAAGGAAAGAGAUGAGCUCAGAAGAGUACAGGAGGCUCUCCAUGUGGAAAGCGAACAGCAGAAAGAAACCAUGAAAGAAAUUGGCGCUAAGCUCCAAGAACUUGAGGACAGAGAGCGUGAAUGCCUAGCAAUGAAGACUGUUAAUGAGAGCCAAGGAAGCGGACAUGAAGUGGAAUGCUUGAACAAGCAGCUGGAGGCUCAGAAGGCAACUCUGGAGAGGGCGGAAAUGCAGAAUGCAACCUUGACUCAAAGGCUUCAUGCAACCCUUGACGAAAUGGGAUCUGUAGCAAAAGAAAGAGAUGAGCUUAGGAGUUUGGAAGAGCGCCUCACAGUAGAGAGAGACCAGCUGGAGGAGAGCCUUAAAGAGACAGUAACUAGAGGUCUGGAAAAAGAAGAGGAGCUGAGAGUUGCUCGUGUGCACCUGCAAGAACACCAGGAGACUAUCAGCAAGCUCAGAGAGAGUGUGUCUGAUAAGAGCCAAGAACUUCAGGAAAAAGCACGUCAACUUUCUCAGGUAGAAGCUGAGCUCGGGGAAAGGAUGGAUCAGAUGGAGCAAUUGAAGAAGCAGCUCGGAGCCCAGAGUUCAACUCUGGAGAACAUAGAAAUAGAGAAGUUAAAGUUGACUCAGCAAGUUUAUGAAAACCUUGAAGAAAUAAGAAUUGUCACCAAGGAAAACGAUGACUUAAAAAUUAUGGAUGAAGCCCUCAGAGUAGAGCGAGACCAAUUGAGGAAAAGUCUUCAACAAAUGGAAGCAAGUGACCUGGAAAAGCAAGAGAAACUAAGAAUUGCGCACAUGGACCUGGAAGAGCACCAGGAAACCAUCGAUAGACUCAGAGGGAGUGUGUCCAAGAAGACAGAUGAAAUAUCAAAUAUGAAAAUGGAAUUAGAAAAUGCAAAUAUUAAAUUACAGGAAAAGAUUCAAGAACUUAAGGCAAAUGAACUUCAACUUCUUGCGUUAAAAGGAGAUGCUAGUGAAACACAAAAGCAACUCAAGCAGCAGGGCUUAACUCUGAGUAAGAUAGAGAUGGAUAAUUUAAAUCUGGCCCAGAAGCUUCAUGAAAAUCUUGAAGAAAUGAAAUCUGUAAUAAAAGAAAGAGAUCAUCUAAAGAGAAUGGAGGAAAUGCUCAAGAUGGAGAGAGACCAGCUUAAGGAGACUCUAAGGGACAGCAUGCGUAAGGAUCAUCAGAAUCAUGAAGAGAUAGUAAAACAUGCAGAGGAGUUACUGUGUGAUGGAGAACAACAUGGAACAAGAAAGCUUCAAGAAAAGUGCCUCAGGAUAAAAGAGCUUCUGAAAGGAUACUCAGAAAUGGGUGAUGAUUAUGAGUGCUUGAAUCGACUCUCUCUUGACUUGGAAAAGGAAACUAAAACCCAAAAAGAGCUGGUGAUUUCUAUAAAAGCAAAGCUUUCACUUCCAUACCCACAAACCAAAGAGAUUGAAAAGCUUUUUACUGCAAACCAGAGAUGUUUCAUGGAAUUCCACAGAAUCCUGAAGAAACUUAAGUACGUGUUGAGCCACAUUACAAAGAUAAAGGAAGAGCAACAUGAGUUCAUCAAUAAAUUCGAAGUGGCUUUUGUCCAGGAAGUGGAAAAGCAGCAUGAACUGUGGACUAAAAUACGGAGCUUUCAGCGGGCUUGUGAUAUUCCAUCCAAAGACCUGGAGAACCUCACACUGAGCCAGGAUAUGGACCUCCAUAUUGAGGAAAUUCUCAAGGAUUUUUCAGAAAAUGACUUUCCUGCCAUAAAAACUGAAUUUCAGCAAGUACUAAGUAAUAAGAAAGAAAUGACUCGGUUUUUGAAAAAGUGGCUGAAUACUCCUUUUGAUACAGAGCAGCUUAAAAGUGGCAUCCAAGAAGAAAACAACAGCGUUUGCCAAAUGAAUAACUUCUACAAUAGCAAAAUAGCCGCCAUGAUAAACAAAUUCACAGACUUUGAGGAAGGAAAUGCCACAAGAUCCAAAGAAUUAGAACAUUACCUGAAAUCUCUGAAAGAGAAAACUGAACAACUAUCUAAAGACUGGCAGACGUUGACCGCCUCCCAGGCGGCUGCCCACGCUUAUCCUGCCGCCCACCCUUUCGCCCGGGACAGCAGAAGUCCGCGUGCUGCACCAGUUAGUGACCAACUAGCAUCAGAGAAAAUUCAGGAGCUGGAAACCUCUUUACAAGAAGCUAAAGAAACUGCCCUUCAUAAGGAGGGUCAGAUUGCAAAGAUGCAGAAAGAACUAGCAAUGUCUAAGGACUUGGUAGCAAAACUCCAGAGCGAAGUUCAUGAGUCAAAAAAAUGCCUUGAACACACAAAAGCCACACUGCAGAUGCUUCAGGACAAAGUUGCUUUAGGAGCUUUGCCUUAUAAGGAAGAAAUUGAGGAUCUCAAAAUGCAGCUGGUGAAAAUUGACCUAGAAAAGAAGGAAAAUGCCAAAGAAUUUGAGAAGGAAAUUCUUUCUACAAAAGCCACUGUUGACCAUCAGAAAGAAGUAAUAAGGCUGCUGAGAGAAAACCUCAGAAGAAACCAACAGGCCCAGGAUACCUCUAUUAUAUCAGAGCCGAGCUCUCAGCUUUCCAGUAAACCCUUAACCUGUGGAGGUGGCAGCGGGAUUGUACAAAACACAAAAGCUCUUAUUCUGAAAAGUGAAUAUGUAAGGAUGGAAAAUGAAAUUUCUAAGCUAAAGCAGCAAAAUGAACAGCUAAUAAAGCAAAAGAGUCAAUUAUUAAGUGCUAAAUCUCAGCUCUCCAAGGAGCUUAAAACCUGGAAGGAAAGGACCCUUGCAAGAGACACCUACAGAGAAGCCGCUCAUGAGACCUUGCCAAAGUCCCCAAAAGUGUCUGGGACAGAGUCUAAAAGAAGACAGAACACACCUUCUCAGUGCAGGGAACGGAACUUCCAGGACCCUGUGCCAAAAGACUCACCAAAAUCUUGGUUUUUUGAUAACCGGUCAAAGUCUCUACCAGCACCUCCUCCGAUUCGCUAUUUUGAUAACUCCAGUUUAGGACUAUGCCCAGAGGAACCAGCUGCAGAAGUAGAGAAUGUGGAUCCCAAGGCAGACCUCCGUCAGCCCUCCUUGGGGAAAGAUGGACCUGAGUGCAAAAUGCAGUAGCCGGCCGGCCCACCCACAGCGUCCUUCAGAGUGGCCUUCUUCUUGUGUCUACCCUAACCUGACAGUGAUGUAAUUCUCACUUUGCCAUUAUAAUGAGAAGAUAGAGGCACAAGAAGCAAAUUUAUUCCAGUCAUUUAGAGUGGUAAUAGCAGUAUCUUCUUCUUGUAUUUGUGAUACUCCCAAAAGUUGGAAUAUUUAUUUUUAUAUAUUGCAAAGAAUAAAGUUCUUA